UUUGCAACGCAGCGUUGUUCGUACGUGCUGAGUAAUUCUUCAAAUUAAGGUGAAAAUUUCACGCAGUUGAAUUGAACUUGUCGGAAAAGAAGAGUUUGUUGCUUAAUUAUUGUGCUUAACUACAAAGUUAUUUGGUAGUGCUAGCCGACUUGCAGGAACAUGGCGGCUCAAUUGGAAGGAGUGUUCGAACCAAUUUUACAGAAGAAAAUUGCCGACUCCAAGAUUCUGGUUGUUGGGGCUGGCGGCAUUGGGUGUGAGAUUCUGAAGAAUUUGGUCUUGUCUGGAUUUCAGGAUAUUGAAAUCAUUGAUUUGGAUACAAUCGAUGUAAGCAACUUGAACCGUCAAUUUCUGUUUCACAAAGAACACGUUGGGAAAUCCAAGGCACAAGUUGCGCGUGAAAGUGCGCUAAGUUUCAACCCGAAUGUCAAGAUUAAGGCUUACCAUGACAGUAUUACUACGACUAAUUACGGUGUAAGUUUCUUCCAACAAUUUAAGUUAGUACUAAAUGCUCUAGAUAACCGAGCUGCCCGUAAUCACGUUAAUAGGCUCUGCCUAACAGCCGACGUGCCACUGAUUGAAUCAGGAACCGCCGGUUACAACGGGCAAGUGGAGCUAAUCAAGCGGGGCUUGACACAAUGCUACGAAUGUACCCCGAAAGCAGCACAAAAAAGUUUUCCAGGUUGUACUAUACGAAAUACACCAUCGGAGCCAAUACAUUGUAUUGUUUGGGCAAAGCAUUUGUUCAAUCAACUAUUUGGCGAAAGCAACGAGGAUGAAGAUGUUUCUCCAGAUACAGCGGAUCCGGAGGCAGGUGCUGAAGCUGGUGAAACUGCAUUAGCGGAGGAGGCAAACGAAAAAGGAAACGUGAAUCGUGUUAACACACGCGCCUGGGCUCAACAAACUGGAUAUGAUCCGGAAAAAAUUUUCAACAAGCUAUUUUUCGAUGAUAUAAAUUAUUUAUUGAGUAUGUCUAACCUAUGGAAAAGUCGCACACCUCCAAACCCAGCGAAAUGGGACGCUCUGGAAGAAGACGGUGGCAUCAGUGCUCCAACCGAUGCUGUUUUGCGAGAUCAAAAAGUUCUCAGCUUAGUUGAAUCCGCUAAAGUAUUCGGCGAGAGUAUUGCUGCGCUGAAGCAAGAAUUUUCAAAACUAGCCGAUGGAGAUCACCUAGUAUGGGACAAGGAUGAUAAACACGCAAUGGAUUUCGUUGCCGCUUGCGCCAAUAUUCGUGCGCAAAUAUUCAAUAUACCUCGCAAGAGCCGCUUUGAAAUCAAAUCGAUGGCCGGAAAUAUUAUUCCAGCAAUUGCCACCACCAAUGCUAUUACCGCUGGCGUAGUAGUAAUGCACGCUUUUCGUAUUUUACAGGAACAAUUUGAUAAAUGUAAAUCGGUUUAUAUGCGACUGCGACCGAAUGCUCGCAACCAGUUGUUUGUCCCAGACAGGGACCUCAAUCCUCCCAAUCCUAAAUGUUACGUUUGUGCAGCAAAACCAGAGGUUACCUUGAAGGUUGACACCAAAAACGUCACAGUAAAAGAGCUUCGGGACGACAUUCUCAUCAAAGCACUUAAUAUGAUCAAUCCAGACGUAAUUAUCGAUGGAAAAGGAACAAUAGUAAUCUCGUCGGAAGAAGGUGAAACAGAUUGCAAUAACGAAAAGAAACUUGAAGAAUUACAAAUUGUUGACGGUUGCAUUCUAAAGGUCGAUGACUUCGUACAGAAUUACGAACUAACCGUUACCGUCAUUCACAAAGAUCCUGCUCGUGAGGAAGCCAGCUUUGAUAUAGUUGCUGAUCCGGAUUCACUGAAACCGAAGGAAAAUGAAAGCGACGAACCGAAACCUUCGACUUCUGGCCAGAAUGGUAACUCGAAAACUACACCGGCGGUAAACGGCACCGAAGACGAUGACGACGACAUGUGCAUUAUAGAAGAAGAAACGGAGAACAAAGCAGAUCAGCUGGACGAGUUGAAUGUAGCGGGUCCCAGUGGAACUGGUUCUGAAAAGCGGAAGAUUGAUGACAGUGAAGGUCCAGCCAACAAAAAGCGUCGAGUUUCCAACGAUGACGAUGAUGAUCUAAUCGUUAUCAACUGAAGUGGCAAGUAUUGUAGAAGAUUUUGUUUUAUUUCUUUCAAAUCUGCUACGAGCAGAAAUGAUUCAUGAUAAAAUUAUGGAUAAUCUAAUAAACGUACCACAUGUAAG